AUGAUGUCGUAUCUAAAGCAACCACCUUACACAGUCAAUGGCCUCAGUUUAACUACUUCCGGAAUGGACCUUUUGCAUCCAUCAGUGGGCUAUCCAGUUAGAUCUUCCACGGAUACACGUUUAACACAUUUUAUUUUAUUCAUAUUUAUUCUUGUCCUUGCAGCAACGCCACGGAAGCAGAGGCGAGAAAGGACUACUUUUACGCGCGCACAGCUCGACGUUUUGGAGGCCUUGUUCGCCAAAACUCGGUAUCCGGACAUAUUCAUGCGCGAAGAGGUGGCGCUGAAAAUCAAUCUGCCCGAGUCCCGCGUACAGGUCUGGUUUAAGAACCGGCGGGCAAAGUGUCGCCAGCAGCAGCAGCAGCAGCAGAACGGGGGCCAGAACAAGGUGCGACCUGCCAAGAAGAAAAGUUCCCCGACCAGAGAAGUGAGCUCAGAGAGCGGGGCCAGCGGCCAGUUCACGCCCCCCACCAGCACCACCACAGGACCCGCCAUCUCAACCAGCACCGCGCCAGUGUCCAUCUGGAGCCCGGCGUCCAUCUCUCCGCUCUCAGACCCCCUGUCUACCUCCUCCUCCUGCAUGCAGAGGUCCUAUCCCAUGACCUACACCCAGGCCUCAGGCUACAGCCAGGGCUACGCCGGCUCGACGUCCUACUUCGGCGGCAUGGACUGCGGUUCUUACCUCACUCCUAUGCACCACCAGCUGUCAGGCCCGGGCUCGACACUCAGUCCGAUGAGCACGAACGCGGUCACAAGCCAUCUGAACCAGUCCCCGGCGUCCCUCUCCACCCAGGGCUACGGGACGUCCGGCCUGGGCUUCAACUCCACAGCAGACUGCUUGGAUUAUAAGGACCAAGCGGCGUCGUGGAAGCUGAACUUUAAUGCCGAUUGCUUGGAUUAUAAGGAUCAAACUUCCUCGUGGAAAUUCCAGGUCCUGUGA